AUGUCUUUAGUCCAAUCCCGGUACAGUGUAAAUGCGCCCCAAACAGACCUUCUGUCUUACUUGUUUGGCUCGCCUUAUAAGAAUGAAGGAGCCUGGCCAUCCUCAGAGCCUCUUCUGGAAACAGCAGCAAAAUGCGAUUUUCCAGGAUAUACAAUCGACCAAAUCAAGAAUAUCGUGAAGCGAGUCGGCUGCGGCCUUCAUCAGUUGGGAGCGCAAGGAAAGCGAGUCAUGGUCUACGGUGAAGCGAACCAUAACUUCCUCCUGGCUGUUCUUGGUGUUAUCGCUGCUGGAGCAGCAUGCAAUGCUCUCGCUCCCGGUCCUGUAGAAGAAUUGAUUUCCCGGCUACGGCAACUGGACUGUGACAUUGUCCUUUUCGCACCCCAGGAUCGGAAGCUUGUCUGCGUUGCAGCAGCAAGGUUGGAUCUUCCUCGCGAGCGUCUUUUUAUGGUCGACGAGUCUUUCGGUGGAGUGAAUACGGACGGUUCGGAUGACGGUGCUUUCAGACACUGGAGCCAUCUCUUAAAUACGCCUGGCGGUGACCAUUAUGAGUGGCCUAGACUUUCGCCUGCGGAGGCAAGGACAACGACAGCUAUUCUGCUCAACACUUCCGGGACAACAGGAUCUUCAAAGCUUGCUGAACGCACUCAUUAUGGACUUAUUGGCAAUAUUGAGCAUACCUUACAGCACUACAACCUUCGGGAGAGAAACAGAGAAACCGUAUUCUGCAAUUUUAAGUUUUGCGGUUUGGGUUUCCAGAUUUUAGGAUUCAUGCUCCCUCUGAAAGCUCGAUAUAAGAUUAUAUUUCCUACGAAGUACGAGCCAGAAAUGUUCAUGCAGACGAUUGAACGAUUCAAACCUACUUUGUUGAUACUCCCUAAGCAUCUGGUACGCGAGCUCCUGGAAAAAUUCGACAAACCCAGCUUCCCCAGCGUACAACAUGUCCUGACCGGCGCUGCGAUCAUCCCCUAUGAGAUGAUCGACAAGUGGCAGCGACUACAUGGAUCUCAAGUGCUGCAUACAUAUGGAAUGACCGAGGCAGGUUUCUAUACAUUCCCAGAUCCAACCCAGGUGGUAGAGGAUGCCACAACAGGAAUUCUGCUUCCAAAUCUGGAGGCGAAGAUAGUUGGAGAUCAGGGCGAAUUGCUAAGCAGAGGCCAGAAAGGACAUGUUUACAUUCGGACCCCAUUUGCCAUGAAGGGCUACUUCAAUAAUCCCGAAGAAACUGCUCAGACCAUAACAGACGAUGGAUGGAUUAAGACUGGCGACAUUGGCUGGGUUGGUGAGCGCGAUCAAUUUUAUAUUGUUGGUCGCCAAAAGGACCUAUUCAAAACCAAUGGCUACAAUGUUUCUGGAGCUGAGAUCGAGAUGGUUAUCUCACAACAUCCGGAUAUUACCGAUGUCGCUGUUAUUCCAGUCACGACGGAUGGAGACGAAGAACCCAUUCCUCGUGGCUAUAUUGUCAAGUCGAAAGACUCACCCUUAACCAUCGACGAAUUGAUGCACUGGAUGCAGACAGAACUCACUCCACGCAUGCAACUUCUUGGUGGUGCAACCUUCAUCGACGAAAUUCCAAUCUCGAAUGUUGGAAAUAGCAAAGUCGACCGUCGGAAACUGAGUGAGUUUGCCGAGAGAGAGAUGCAGGCACUAAGCCAUGCAGAGCAGGAGGCGGACAAGCCAAACCAGGGUGCUUAA